AUGGUGGGCGACUUGACGCCAAGGCUGGAGAAGCUCUCCCUCGUUGAAAGGACCAGAACAACAAGUCCAAAGAAAUGCUGGUGUGAGUGUCCCCCGGGAGCGCGUAGCCGAGCCACCUGCGCGUACUGUUCCGCUGAGACGGCGUCCUCGUCACCCCAGCCCUGCAGCCCCGCAGCCCUCACGCAACCCAGCUCGGGCGAGGACGAAUCGGACGAAAAUGGCUGUCCAGGAUCCCCGCUUCCCGUUCACCCACGUGGCUCUGAAGCAGGCGUAGAGGCCACCCCUCCCCCCCCCUCCGAGCCCAAGACUGUCUCCGCCCGCGAAAGGGAACCAGCGCGUAUCGCCUCCUCCGGCCCGCUUCGGCUGUCGUACUUGGUCCCUCUGACCUGCGGGUGCCGGACGAAGCGGGAUGAGCCGUGCUCACGAUCCACUGCCAAUGCCCGCCGCACGUUGGGAGACCGGGCCAACGGACGCCCGCAUGGACUCGACCCGCAGCGGGCUGGCAUGUCGAUUAUGUCGACCCCUGGCGACACCCAGGCCGCAGGCGUGAGCCCUGCGCCAGCGAUGUCCAGGACACUCUCCCCGGCGGACGAGUCGGGGUACAUCCACGCACCCACGCCGACGCGGGGACGGGCGUGCUGCGCAGGUCUUGUGGCGCUCGGCGCCGCUGGACACGGCGAGGGGAGGGGAGGCUGGAGGAGUCGUGCGCGGAACGCGACGCGAAGCAUCGGGAGAUCUUUGCGUUUCCGCGGGUCAAGCUCAAGCACGGCGCGGGCGUGGGGGCUGAUAGUCCAAGCUGGUAAUUACAAAGUGGAGCAGAUUCGUCGAGGGAGAUGGGGCGCAUUGAAUUCUGUUGACCCACCUGUCUUUGUAGUGUAG